UCUUUUUUUUCCCCCCUCGUUUCUUUGCUUUUCUCUAAAGCUCUGUGGUCUGUGAAACACUUUUUCUCCUCGUCGGGAAAAUGGAGACACUUCGUUUCUUUCCUGAGUGUGGAGCUGGGAAGGAUUUUUCUUUUCUUUUUUCCUUUUUCAGCCCUGGUUUGAUAUUCUCAUUUCCCCCGACCGCUCGCCACCACCGUAAUCUUUUGUCAUGGAUGAUGAUGAUGAUGAAUCCUGUCUCCUUGAUCUUAUUGGGGACCCACAGGCACUGAAUUAUUUUCUACAUGGACCUAGUAGUAAAUCUAGCAAUGAGGAUUUGACGAAUGCAGAAUAUUCUGUGGCCAACUCAAAUUCAAUUUUUGCCAACUCCAAUAACACUGAUCCUAAGUCGUCUGUGAAAGGUGUAAGUGGUCAGCUUGGAGAGGGGCCUAGUGAUGGACUGCAGCUGUCCACUAGCCUUCAGUUUCUUGAAGAUGAACUUGUAUCAUCUCCUUUACCUGAUCUUACUGAGGAUCAACCUUUUGAUAUUCUUCAGAAGUCCUUGCAGGAGGCCAAUAUUACUGAACAGACUUUGGCAGAAGAGGCAUAUUUGGAUGCCAGUGUAGGUUCUAGCCAACAGUUUGCACAAGCUCAGCUUCAUCCUUCUUCAUCAGCAUCCUUUACUCAGGCUUCUAAUGUUUCUAAUUACUCAGGUCAGACGUUGCAACCUAUAGGAGUUACUCAAGUGGUACAGCAACCUGUUGGAGCAUCCUUUGCAAGCAAUACAGUUGGUGUGCAACAUGGCUUUAUGCAACAUGUUGGAAUUAGUGUUCCUAGCCAGCAUUUGUCUAAUAGCAGCCAGAUCAGUGGUUCUGGGCAGAUACAGCUAAUUGGUUCAUUUAGUAGUCAGCCUUCCAUGAUGACCAUUAAUAACCUUGAUGGUUCUCAGAUAAUACUGAAAGGCAAUGGUCAACAAACACCUGCCAACAUGAGUAGUGGCCUCUUGGUUCAUAGACAGACUCCAAAUGGUAACUCACUGUUUGGUAACUCAAAUUCAAGUCCGGUAGCACAACCUGUAACUGUUCCAUUUAACAGCACAAAUUUUCAGACAUCAUUGCCUGUCCAUAAUAUCAUCAUUCAAAGGGGUUUGGCACCAAACUCUAACAAAGUUCCCAUUAAUAUCCAACCAAAGCCUGUCCAGAUGGGUCAGCAGACUGCUUACAAUGUGAACAACUUGGGAAUACAGCAACAUCACGUACAGCAAGGCAUUCCGUUUGCUUCUGCAAACUCACCUCAGAGUUCAGUAGUUGGUCCUCAUAUGUCUGUUAAUAUUGUUAAUCAACAAAGUACAAGAAAAUCAGUUACACCUCAGACAGUUAGCAAUGCUGGUGGUAGUAUUGUUAUCCAUUCUCCUAUGGGACAGCCUCAUGCACCUCAAAACCAGUUUCUCAUACCUACAAGUUUGUCUGUCAAUUCCAAUUCAGUUCAUCAUGUCCAGGCCAUAAAUGGACAGCUUCUUCAGACUCAACCUUCCCAGCUGGUUCCUAGCCAAGUGUCCACUGAGCAUGUAAUGCUCAACAGGAACUCUACAAACAUGCUACGAGCCAACCAGUCAUAUUCAGGACAGAUGUUGAAUAAUCAGAACACAGCUGUUCAACUUGUUUCUGGCCAAACUUUCACAGCUCCUGGAAACCAAGUUAUAGUAAAUCAUGGAACAUCACAAAUUGUUGGUGGACAGGUGCCACUGCAGCAGGCAUCACCGACAGUGUUGCAUUUGUCACCCAGUCAAGCUAAUGUUUCUCAAGGCAGAUCAAGUUUUACUACAAUGUCACCUGGGCAGUCUACAGUAUCAAAUAUGUCGGCAUCUAAUCGAUUUGCUGUUGCAAGUUCUUCUGGUUCAGUGCAUCCUAGCUUGGGACCAUCAGUUCAGUCUGUUGCAUCAGGAGGAAACUUUACUGGAGAUCAGCUCACACAAAACAGAACUCAAGUUCCCAUCAGUGCAUCGCAUCGUCUUCCAGCUUCCUCUUCCAAGUCCGUCAGCACCUUUAGUCACACCUCGAUUGGAGUAACACAACAACAGUUUGCCUGUGGUCAGAAGAAAACUCUAAACCAGACAUCACCAGUUUCUGCAUUAAAGACGCAAGAUAAUUUGAGACAGCCUCAGCUAACCAGUCUUCUGAGCAACACACUAUCAGGACAGGACUCUGGAGGAAAAAUCAUACAGCAAUCUCUAGGAACAGCACAGCCACAAGAAAAAGUAUUAGGAUCAUCAUCAUUUCAACAGAGUAUACAGGUGGAUGGUCAUUUAGUUGGACAGAAAAGGCCUGCUGCUAAACAGUUAACUAAAGGAGCCUUUAUUCUACAGCAAUUACAGAAGGAUCAAAUGCAUGCUGUGACUCCAGAUAAAAGCCAGUUCAGAUCAUUAAAUGAUGCGGUUCAGAGACUCCUUUCAUACCAUGUGUGCCAGGGAUCACUGCCCACAGAGGAAGACUUAAGAAAAGUGGACAGUGAAUUUGAAUCUGUAGCUACACAGCUUCUGAAGAGGACACAGGCUAUGCUAAACAAAUAUAGAUGUUUGCUUAUAGAAGAUGCAAUGCGGAUAAAUCCCUCUGCAGAAAUGGUUAUGAUUGAUAGGAUGUUUAACCAGGAUGAAAGGGCAUCCCUAACCCGGGAUAAGCGUCUUGCACUUGUGGAUCCUGAUGGUUAUCAGGCUGAUUUUUGUUGUUCUGCCAAACAAUUUGAUAAAACAGCUGAAGAAGCACAGUCCAGCAAAAGCGACUACCAGUCUAACAAAACAUUACCUUCUCGAAGUCAGACUACCAAAACCCAAGCCAGAGACCGACCAAAAUUGAGCUCCGCAGAGUCCACAAAUCACAGUAAACUUCCUCUAGUGCCUAACAACAUUCUGACGCCACAAGAAGGAAUAGCUUCUACUAAAAAAUCAGAGAACCUCAAUAAAGCUUUAAAGUUUGAAAAAGCUAAUUGUUCUUCUGAGAGUCAGUACAUGUCCCUUUCUGAAGAAAAGGUGAUUGGGAAAGAUCUUGCCAAGUCCACUGAAAAUUCUUCAAAUUCUGAAGACUUGUCAAAAACCAUGUCAAGAGGUGGCCAUGGAACACACAAUAAAAUAUCAAGGAAUAUAGUUCAGCCUUUCUCAAAGGUAACAUGUAAUAAUUCCCUCCAAGACAAAAUUCUGAGGAGCUCUCCAAAGAAUGAGGUUUUACAUCCUGAUAACAGAAAAGGCUCUGAUGAACCCCAGCAAGACUUACUGCUCAGUAAGAGUUUAGAAACUACGUUUAAAAACAUCCUGGAACUUAAAAAAGUUGGGAAACAGCCACAAAAUGAGGCAACAAGUAGUGGUGCGAUAGAAUUAGAAUUUCCUAAUUUUUCACCUAUGGCUUCACAGGAAAACUGCCUGGAAAAAUUUAUUCCAGACCACAGUGAAGGUGUAGAAACUGACUCUGUUUUAGAAGCAGCUGUAAAUAGUAUCUUAGAGUGUUAAUAGUUACAGUACCAUGGACAAGUUAUGUUUCUCUUAGCAGAAACAAAUGUGAAUGACACCACAAGUACAGCCUGACAUGCAUUUAAGGUUAACCUUUCUAAACUAGAUUCUGUUCUGUGUUUGAGAGCAAUACUCAUUGUGGUUACAGUGAGAUAUCCAGUAAAGUUAAUCCUUUUUAGAAUGCAGUCUGUUCGGGCCUUACUAUUUCAAGUAUUAUGAUAGUGCUUUUGAUAAUUGUGCAGUACUGCAAUGUAACAAGGUUGCAGGUUGUUAGGCCCUAUGUAAUACGGUAAUAUACUGACAAUCACAGUCAUUUGAAAGGAUAUAUUUAUUAAGAAAAUGUUUUUAAAAAGUGGUGGAAGCAACAAUUCUCCCAUACCCUUCUCUUCUACAAAUCAUCAAAUCUUUAGUUUUUCUGAAAUACCCGCUGUACCUCUAUUCAGAAGUGGUUACAUGCUUUGUUAUGAAUCUGUGUUUUAAAAUUCUUAAGUUGGAAGGAUAUCAUCAGUGUGUUUACAAGGCAUCAUAAUUUAAACUUAAAGUGCUUUUCUAUUGCUUUCUGAGCAGAAACUACUACUUGAUGAUAUAUUUGUAGUGGGUAAGUUUAGUCUGUGGGAUGAUACUAUAUGAUCUUAGUCACAGUGGCAUGAUAUGAAGUAAUAAAUGCUUGACUAAGGAAGGUGGAAUGGAAGCCAAUAAAUGGCAAAAUGUACAGGAUGAGGCCAAGAUAGAGCCAUGAAUUUAUAUAUAUAAUACAUAUAUAUGUUAACUCUUGAGGAAAAGAUUCUGCGUUUUAUACUUGGAUGUAGUCAACCGUAAGUCUUUCUGAAGUGGCAUAAAUUUUUUUUUACUCUUUUUGUUGUUGUUUUGUUUUCUUUAGACCAAGUGUCAAAAGCACUUUUAUUUGAAAACUGUUAUGAUAUUUGUAGCUUAUAUUUUAAGAGGACAUUAGCAUUACUCCGGUUAAAUUUAAAGGCCA